GCUCGAUCGGAAGUUGAGAUAGGUACGAUUCUCGCGCCACCUUCGUCCUCGGGGCACGCCUUCUCUCUCCUCUUCGCGUUGGAUGGAGGGAAGUGGUGCCUCCUUCCACCGCCAGCGUCGACGAAUUCCGCAAACUGUAACCCUCGGCUUCGGUGCUCGAGAUCGAGAGAGGGAGAGAGGAUGUUCUCCCGGUGGGAUUUCUUGCGGUCGACGGCGAUCAAACGCGUCUGCAAGUUUCUAUUGAAGAAGAAAUUGGGGGAGUUCAUCCUGGGGGACAUCGACCUCGACCAGCUCGACGUCCAGCUCAGAACGGGGACGAUCCACCUCUCUGACCUCGCCCUCAAUGUCGAUUUCCUGAACCAGAAGUUUUCGUUGCAGUUGGCUGGGGCAGCAGUUCUGGUCAAAGAAGGAUCUAUUAAAUCCCUAUCAAUUAAAAUUCCAUGGAAGCCAAAAAACUGUCGGAUAGAAGUGGAAGUGCUUGAGGUUGUCCUUGCACCAUCUGUCCAGAGCAAUACUUCUGCCAUGGAUGCUGAUUCUUUGAUGCCUACUUGUGAUAAAGAACAACAUAUGUGCAUUGAUUCAGAGAAGAUUGAGCUGAGAGCAGUGAAGGAAAAAUCUAGUGCUAUUUCUCGAGAUGUUCAUGAAGGAGUGAAGACAAUUGCUAAGAUUGUGAAAUGGUUUCUUACAAGCUUUCAUGUAAGAAUAAAUGAAAGUUUUGUUGCUUUUGAUCCCCCUUCAGAUGUGGAAGAUAGGAGAUCAGCAUUCCAUAAAUCCCUGGUUCUCCGAAUUAAAGAAAUAGAGUUUGGAACAUGUGUUUGUGAAGAUGCUGUGGCUAAGUUGACUAAUUUUGUAAAAUUUCAAGAAGCAGUCAUUGAGUUCCUUCUGUUGGAGGAUGUUGAUAAUUCUCCCCACCUCCAUGCUGGUUCAGAAAUGGGCUUUAGUGAAACAUAUUCAGGAAAAAGUACUAUUACAAUCUUGACAGGGCCAAGUGGUGGGUUCUCAGGGACGUUGAACUUAAGCAUACCAUGGGAAAAUGGAUCUUUAGAUAUUCGUAAAGUUGAUGCAGAUGUCUCAGUUGAUUCUGUGGAACUGAAGGUGCAACCCAGCAGUAUUAAUUGGCUCAUAGCCAUAUGGGAAUCCCUCAAGAACAUUGGCACAGCUCGACGGAGUAACAUUUACAAGGCUACAGAUUCACCUGACCAUAAAUGUAGAUUUGAUAGCUGUUCAUCUACUUCAGGUUCUGCUAUACCAGAUUCAGAGAAAGUCACACCAGGUGGAGGAAGCCAUUCAAAUGACCCAUUUCUUACCAUCAAUCAAGAUAGUGCUUCAGAUGCUUUGCUUACAAGGAUGCAUUUAAUUCACAACUGGGUGCCAGAAUCAUUUGACCUCAAAGACCGAACUGAUUUAGAGCCAGAUUAUGGUGCAAGCAUUGAUGAGUUUUUUGAAUGUUUUGAUGGAAUGAGGAGCUACGAGGCAAAUUCAGGAACUAGUGGUAUAUGGAACUGGACCUGUUCUGUUUUCAGUGCAAUAAGUGUUGCAUCUAAUCUUGCUUCUGGAUCAGGACAUGUUCCUAUAGAACAAAAUGUUGAGACUAGUUUGCGAGCUACUAUUGCUGAGAUUUCUGUUGUCCUUUCUUUCAUUGAUGAAGAUCAGACACAAUCAUAUGAUUCUGGCGAUGUACUUGACUCAUUACUACAUGGUCAAAGCUCUGAUUCUUACAUGAGCUGUCACUCAUCAAUGAAUAUAGAACAGUCAGCCUUGAGUGAAGUUAAUUCUAUGAAAAUACACCAUCUUGAAGCAAGGGGUCAACAUCUGGCUCUUGAUUUGCAGACUUAUCCUCAAAUCAUGAAGUUUGGAGCAUCACUCAAGCAUAUUAAAGUUGACGUGUAUUAUGAUGGUAGGAACUGUGCUGAGGCAUUUAACUUCCAUGAUUACAAGAAUGAUUCCUAUUACCAAAUGCUAUUAAAUCAGCAUUUGCAGGCACGAGUUCAAGGUGCUCUCCCACCAUAUCCUUUUUCUGCCCAAGACCAUGAUUCAGAAUCUUCUGUCACUAAUUGUAGGAAUGGACUGAUCAAGGUUACAUUGUUGGAAUCUUUUGAUUUAUGCAGCUGUCGAUGUUCUAUUAAUUCCACAGGUUUAGAUGGCAAGCAAUUGGCAUCAACAUUUUUCUCUGUUCAUCUGCCACCAUUUGUUUUGUGGGUUCACUUUCCGCUAGUAAAUAUGCUGCUUAAUCUGUUCAAACAAGUUGAACAUUCAUUUACAGAAAGCAGCAUGAACAAGGAUUCUGCGACUAAUGUUCUGGCUGAAAGGCAUAAUUCUUCCUUUCUUGAGGAUGCUGAGUGUGGCAGUAUUUCUUACUUGACAACUGGGUCUCAAAGAGCAAGUCUGCAAGGGAAUAUGGUCCUUUCUCAGGCAAGGGUCAUAUUGUGCUUUCCUUCUGAAAAUUAUGGAGACUUCAGACAUUCAGCCUCGUUGGAUAAGUUCAUUGUUCUUGAACAUUCUUCAAGUGUGGGAGAUGUUUCAGAUUUCCUUCAACUUCCAAAAGAAAGUUCUCCAAAAGUUGCUUACUGUACACCUUUCACUUCUGUCCAUCUACAUUUGGGAGAUUUGGACAUUUACUUUGUUAAAUCUUCAAGUGAAAUUUCUUUGGUGGAUGGACCCCAUGCAUUAGAGAAGAAACCCUUUUCUGCUGUAAAGAUUCUCUCUGUCACCAACGGAUUAAAUGACUAUCAUUUGGGAAUUACCAUACUUUGGCAGAAGGGUCCUGUGACUGGUCCUUGGAUGGCAAGAAGAACUUGGAGUUUGUCCAAAUCACAUGAUCAAGGUAGGAAAAAAGUGGUUGGAAAAGGGGCCGAGUAUUCCUCGGUGACGACUGCAGAAGACCUUGAGGGAACAAGUUCAAGUAUUCGUCAAGAGCUGAUUCUGAGUUCUGCAUUUUUAUUUCAUGUUAAAUUUUCUUGUGUUUGUAUUAAUCUUUGUAGUCAUGAUUAUAAAUUGCUAAAUCAGCUGCUUAAUUAUGCAUUGGAUGGAUUGUCUAGUAGAGCCUGUGGUACGGACACUAAUUAUGAGGGGAUCAGAAAUGGACGAUCAUCCCCAAAUGACUGUUAUGCAUCUCAAGCAUCUGUACAUGUGGAAUGUGAUCUCCUGGACAUUUGCAUUACCCUAGAUGAAGUAGUAGAAGUCAGUCACUUGAUACAGAAGGAACUACAGGGCUCGUGGGAGUGCCUUAAAUUGAAAGUUAAGAAGUUUGAGUUGCUAUCUGCAUCAAAUAUUGGUGGAAUUAGCAAAGCAAAUUUUUCAUGGCUUACCCAUGGUGAGGGUGAAUUGCGGGGUUCCAUCUUAAGUAGGAAUGAGAAAGCCUCUGAAGUAACUGAAGAUCUUGUUCUAAUCACCUGUAAAAACUCUGCCAUCAGAAGGGGUGAUGGUGAUGGUACUAAUGUUUUAUCUUUUACCCCUGCUGGUACUACUGUUACACACAUCUGGAAUCCAGAGUCAUGUCAAAGCUACACAUCAGUAAUUGUUCGUGGUGCGACAGUAGUUGCUCCUGGUGGCCGCCUGGAUUGGAUCAAUGCAAUAUGCUUAUAUUUUAGUUUGCCUUCUCAAGAGAAUGAACAAGCAGGCAAUGGUAAAGCUUCAGUUAAUGAUGCUGCUUCCGAAACAUUAUUGUUUCUUGAUUUGGUGGAUAUUGCUUUGAGUUAUGAGCCCCACAUCAAAGAUCCUAGAGGUGCUAAUGGAGUUUUCGACAGAGAGCAUAGUUGUAGUACUGAAUCCAAUGUAGAUAGAGAGAGAGAAUAUGUGGCAUGCCUUUUAGCUGCAUCAUCAUUCAGCCUUUCUAAUCACACCAAGGCAAACUCAUCUGCUGUUAAUUACAAUAUCCAACUACAAGAUGCGGGACUUCUAAUUUGUGAAUCAAGUGGCACAAGAAAUGGCAGUGGUGGUUAUCAUGUAGGUUGUCUGCAGGAGAUCGGCUAUGUAAAAGUUGCCCAGAUUGUUCUUGUUGAGGUUAUUCUUAGAAUUAAAGGUCUUCUUUGGGAAAUUGAAUGUUCAGAAUCACAUAUCAACCUUGAUACCUGCCAUGACACAGCUUAUGGCCUUGUACAUUUGGUUGCUCAACUUCAGCAGCUUUAUGCACCUGAUGUGGAGGAUUCUCUCAUGUAUUUACAAUAUAGGUGGAAUACUAUUCAACAAGCUCAAGAAGAUCACAGUUCAAAUGAUGUGGCAGAUAACUCUGAAAGCACUGCUGUUGGAUUGGGUUUUGAGAACAGUUUGCCAACUAGCGAUGAAGACUGUGUAUCUGUUGGACUGCUGGAUGAGAUAAUUGAGAAUGCCUUUUAUAUUAAUGGAGAAUACAAAUCUCCAUCUGGUCAUUGCAACAUACAAUCUUAUGUGUCCCUUGAUGAGUAUGUGCUUGGAGAUAAGUUGAACAUAAACAACUCUAUGGCUAGUGAUGCUUCUCCUCUGAUUUUUCCUAAGGACGGCUCAUUUUAUGGUUCAGGAACGGGAAACACUCAGCAACCAUCUAUGCACAAACCAGGCUCACCGCAACUUAUUGAAAGCUAUUAUGCAUCCGGCUUACUUCAGUCAUCAACAUUAAUUGCAGGCCAUCAUUCAGCUAAGGAAGAUCACAAAUGUAAAUCAGAUAAUACCACUCGUAAAGACAUGGAAUCUGGAAAGGGUGGUUGGUAUGAGGACAGUUCUCUAAUGAUAGUGGAGAACCAUCUCUCUAAAAUAUUCAGUCAGCCUGAAGGAAAUCAACACAAAGAAGGGGAAUUUACUUCCAGCAAUUCUAGUCCUGCUGAGUAUUAUAUUGUGAAAGGAAGGGUACUUCUUAAAAAUAUUGAUGUGAGAUGGAGAAUGUAUUCUGGUCUUGACUGGAUUAAACCAAGCAAAAAUUCUUACAAUAGUUUGAAUGGAAGAGAUGGAAGUGUCUGCCUAGAAUUUACUUUGUCAGGGUUGAAUCUUCAAUAUGACAUGUAUCCUGAUGGAGAAAUUUGUGUAUCAAAGCUUUCUGUUUCUGCUCAGGACUUUCAUCUUUAUGACAUGAGCAGAGAUGCCCCUUGGAAGAUGGUUCUGGGUUAUUACCAUUCAAAAGAUCAUCCAAGGGAAUCCUGUGCUAAAGCAUUUAAGUUAGACUUAGAAGCAGUAAGACCAGACCCAUCGGCACCUCUAGAGGAAUACAGGUUACAUCUUGAGUUUUUGCCUAUGCGGCUGCAUCUUUAUCAAGACCAACUGAACUUCCUUAUCGGUUUCUUUGGCAAGGAUUCAUUUGUUGAUGAGCCUCCUAGUCUGCCAAAUAAUUUGAGUGAGUCUGUAACAUCAGGAAGAAAAAGCAGGAGCUUUGGGAGCCAAACUAUCAUGGAGGAAGCAUUACUUCCUUUCUUUCAGAAAUGUGUUGUAAGGCCCUUUGUUGUGCGUGUUGACUACAUUCCUCGGCAUUUUGAUCCAGCAGCACUAAGAAAAGGAAACUAUGCAGAACUUCUCAACUUAGUUGCAUGGAAGGGAAUUGACUUGCAUCUCAAACGUGUUUGUGCUGUUGGUGUUUAUGGGUGGAGCAGCAUCUGUGAAACAGUACUUGGGGAAUGGUUGGAAGAUAUUUCUCACAACCAGGUUCAUAAAUUAUUAAAAGGGCUUGCUCCUAUAAGGUCAUUGUUUGCUGUCAGUUCUGGCACAUCUAAAUUGGUUUCAUUCCCAAUUAAAAGUUACAGGAAAGAUCACAAGUUGCUUAAGGGAAUACAAAGAGACACACUAUUUGCAGGAGCAAUUGCUUUUAUUAGAAGCAUAUCAAUUGAAGCUGUUGGGCUAGGGGUGCAUUUGGCAGCUGGAGCCCAUGAGAUCUUGCUUCAAACAGAAUACAUCCUUACAAGCAUUCCAUCAUCUGGAUUGUUAUCUGAAACAAACAGAAGAAAAUGUAAUAUAAGAUCCAAUCAACCUGAAGAUGCACAACAGGGGAUCUGGCAGGCUUAUGAGAGUCUUAGUGAUGGUCUUAGUAGGACUGCCUCUGCUUUACUUGGGACUCCUCUAAAGGCUUACCAGCGUGGUGCUGGUGCAGGAUCAGCUCUGGCAACUGCUUUCCGGGCAGCUCCUGCUGCUGCUGUAGCUCCUGUCUCUGCUUCUGCUCGUGCAGUGCACUGCACACUUCUUGGACUUAGAAACAGCCUAGAUCCAGAACAUAAAAAAGAAUCUAUGGGGAAAUAUUUGGGAUCUUCUCCAUCAUAAAAUUACAAAAAGUAACAGUACAGCUUGCUAGUUGGUUGCAAUAACAUUCCUGCUUGCAUCGUUGGAAGGAACAUGAAGCCGUAUCCUUGAUCCUUGUCAUUUUGGCAGAAUUCAUUUAGUUUAUGAGUUGGAUAUUUUCUCAUCCAAAUUCAGGUUACAGCUGCAUGUAAAAGGUGUAUAGCAAUUUAAACAGAGAUUCUUUGUGGAACAGAAUAAGACAGUAAUCCCUGUACAAUAUGUAAAUAAAUAUACGACCUUGUCAUUCACUCAGCCAUAUAAUUGUAAUAUGCCUGUAAUCAGUUUAUGUUUACAGUUUUGCACCACAUUAAUUGUAAUGUUUAUGGCUCCUUAUUUGUUUGAAUAGGAAUGUUUCUCCUGAUUACUUCU